AUGGUGCAUCCUGGAGAUGCUGAAUGGUAUCCAUCAUCCACUAGCCACCCUGUUGGGAGCUUCCACGAUAUAAAUGGCAAAAGUACUAUUUUGACAUCUGUAUCAAACUAUGAUUAUAGUUUUCACCCGUCCACUAGUGCACCAGUUGUAGAAAAUGUAGUCCCCAAGCCUCUCCAUGGUCAUAUGACUCGGCAGGGAGACCUGGAUGAAGAGCAAAGACACAGUGGCCUGCAUGUGCAGGAUCCCGGAGUAUCAGUGAUGGAGGUGAAACUUAAGAGGGACAGCUCAAUCCACAAAAAGAAUGAUUUUAGCAAAGAUCAGUCUAUAGAAAAGGAAGUUCUAGUGAAGGAGGGAAAGAUGAAGAGAGAUUUAUCAAUUCCAAAAAUGAAUGAAUCUGAGAAAUUCAAGUCAUUAGAAAAUGAGUACAUUGUUUCUGUUGCCAGUUCUGCUGUAGACAUGGAAGCUCCUUUCUUGCCAACUAAAUUGAGUGUAAAGAACCAGGAACCUGUGAAGCAUUCAAUGCCUCCUGAAUCUUUGAAGGAAGAAAAAUUGAAUAAAAUAAAUGAAGAUGACCAUAUUUAUGCAUCUGGUGAUGCAUCUGCUGCGGGAUACGGCGACUCUGACGCUUAUCCCGAGGACUCUGGCAAUCCCGAACCACCAAUGCUUCCUCAGCGGUUUUUUCGUUCUGAACGAAUUCCUAGGGAGCAAGCCGGCCUUAACCGCCUGUCUAAAUCUGAUGAUUCUUCUGGUUCCCAGUUCUUGAUUAGUCAUGCACAUUCUGAUGGUUCACAGCAAAUCACAGAAGCAGUUGAUAAGUUGCGUGAUUUGAAUGUCGCUGCCCAGACAGACCGGUUUAUUUCUUCUGCUAAACCUGUGUCUACAAAUCUACAAACCGUUGAAGAUGGGCUAGGACAAUUUCAGAAGUCUAAAGAGAUAGCUGGUAAGAUCAAUGCGAACACCAAUAUUGAUGAUGGGGGUCUUGAGGCAAAGUUUCCGAAAUCUGAGCCAAAGCCUGCACUACGUACUGUUGUGGAUGACCAUGAUAUGGUGCAGGUUGGGAGUACUUACAAAGAUAAAGAAACAUCGAGGUCAAAUCUUCCUGCUACAAGCCGAGUACUUUCUGGUAAACAUGAAGAUUCUGCUUCUAGGCCAAAAGAGAUUCAUUGGGAUGAGAAAUCUACAGCUGUUUCUCAGGGGAAGCCAUCUGUUGGUGUUGGCUCUCCAGAGCAUGGAGACAUCCUUAUUGAUAUCAAUGACCGUUUUCCGCAUGAUUUCCUUUCUGACAUCUUUUCCAAAGCUAGAAUUUUGGAUGGGUCUGCUGGAAUUAGUCCACUGCACAGUGAUGGAACUGGCUUGAGCUUGAACAUGGAGAAUCAUGAACCUAACCAUUGGUCAUUCUUUCAAAAGUUGGCCCAGGAUUCUAUGAGAAAAGAUGUCUCCCUUAUGGAUCAGGAUCAUCUUGGUUUCUCACCUCCUAUAACAAAUAUCAAAGAAGGGGCUCCUGUGGAUUAUAGUUUUCCACCUUACAAGGCAGAUGGAGUUGCCCUGGAUCAUAUGGACUCCCGUGUUAGUUUUGAUUCCAGCACUCAGCAGCCGUCACUUGGUGUUGUUGAACCUAACACCAUGGAUCUGCAUUCAGAUUACAAUCCUUCUCAGACUUAUGACAAUCAAAGUGCACAGUUUGAUGGUCUGGUGAACCCAAGGAGACCUGAAUCUGGUUACGAGGAUGGGAAGCUAGAAGCUGAGAUUGGUCAACCUCUUGUCGAUCUUUCUCUGCGAGAUUUUGAUCCUAGUAGCUUGCAGAUCAUCAAGAAUGAAGAUCUUGAAGAGUUAAGGGAAUUGGGUUCUGGAACAUUUGGGACUGUUUACCAUGGAAAAUGGAGGGGAACAGAUGUCGCCAUCAAGCGAAUAAAGAAGAGCUGUUUCACUGGUCGCUCGUCAGAGCAAGAGAGACUGACUGUGGAGUUUUGGCAUGAAGCUGACAUUCUUUCAAAGCUUCACCAUCCCAAUGUGGUGGCAUUUUAUGGUGUGGUGCAGGAUGGACCAGGUGGAACGCUUGCCACGGUCACAGAGUACAUGGUGAACGGUUCUCUUAGACAUGUUUUGCUUAGCAAGGACAGGCAUCUUGAUCGUCGCAAGCGGCUCAUAAUUGCAAUGGAUGCAGCAUUUGGAAUGGAAUAUUUGCAUUCAAAGAAUAUUGUGCAUUUUGAUUUGAAAUGCGACAACCUGCUUGUGAACUUGAAAGAUCCUUUACAACCUAUUUGCAAGGUGGGCGAUUUUGGGUUGUCAAAAAUCAAAAGAAAUACGUUGGUUACUGGUGGUGUGAGGGGAACACUUCCAUGGAUGGCUCCGGAGUUAUUAAAUGGUAGCAGUAGUAAGGUUUCUGAAAAGGUUGAUGUGUUCUCCUUUGGCAUUGUCCUCUGGGAAAUUCUUACUGGUGAGGAGCCUUACGCGAAUAUGCAUUAUGGAGCAAUCAUAGGGGGUAUAGUGAACAAUACAUUGAGACCACCUGUCCCAAACUUCUGUGACCCUGACUGGAAAUUGCUAAUGGAGCAGUGUUGGGCCCCAGAUCCUGUGGUCCGCCCGUCAUUCGCUGAAAUUGCUGGACGGCUACGUGUGUUGUCUACUGCAGGCCCACCUAGACCACAUGGCUAUCCGGCACAGAACCAGGGAUCCAAGUGA